GAUGGAUUGGUAUUUGUUUAUCGAGUGCAGAAUAUGAGAAAAGAUGGGUUAAUCCAGAAGACAAAGGAGGUGCUGCUGAUGAUCCAAGCUUCUCCAUUUGCAUCCGCAGCGUCUCAAAUCUACUUCCCCAUCAGGUCCGUCCGUUCUGUUACUCAUCCCCCACCCGGUAACUCUCACCGCUCCUUCGUCAAAAUGAAUGAAGACGCUAGUCUCGACGCCAUUGCUAAGCAGAAGAAAGCCCUUCGAUCAAAUGUGCGCAAGGAGCUCAAGCUCAUGACUCGCGCACAGAGAUCCCUUGAAGAUAUUGCAAUUCAGGAUAUUGUUUUGGAAGCUUCAUGGUUUAAGUCCAGUAAGAGUUUAUGUGCUUAUGUAAGCUGUGAUUCCUUGCGGGAAGUCAACACAUCAAAAAUUUUAUCAGCAAUAUUGUGCAAUACAGCUGAAGUUUUCAAUCAAGAGGGUCAGAAGCAGAAGAGGAAAAAGCUUUAUGUCCCGCGGGUUGAGGAUAGGAAUAGCUACAUGCGAAUGCUCAAUAUCUCAAAUACCUCUGAUCUAAUUCCAAAUUCAAUGAACAUUUUGGAGCCAGCCCCAGUAGACAGUGAUGGAAAUCAACGUGAAGAUGUUAUGCAGGCUACUGACCCAGUGGACUUGUUCCUUCUACCAGGGCUCGCCUUUGACAGAUCUGGAAGACGCCUGGGCCGUGGCGGAGGUUAUUAUGAUAUGCUCCUGAAUAAAUACCAAAAGCUUGCUGCAGAGCGGAAAUGGAAUCAACCUCUCUUUGUUGCACUGUCAUAUUCUUUGCAGAUAAUGGAUGAGGGCGUCAUCGCUGUCACUCCUAAUGAUAUUCCUGUGGAUGCAAUUGUUUCCCCGGCUGGUGUGAUUCCAAUUACUCCCGCAGCAUUUGAGAGGAUGUGACUAAACGGCUAAUGGGGUUGAAGGAUGGCAACAUGAAAUGAUACAUUUGAAUCCAAUGCAUAAAAUUUAGAAGUGAACCUAGAUUACUACUUUAGCAGCAU